GAGUACGACGGUUCUUCCCGGGACCUCCGCAGGCUCAGAACUACAACUCCCGGCAGCGUUGACAGGCAGCAGGCCGGAGCCCGGGACGAGGCCGGGAAGUUUGCGGCGGAGCCAGGCAUGAAGCGGCGCUGAGGCGAAGGCGAGCCGACCCGAGCCCAGCCUCCGCCGCCUGAGGAGAAGGCGCCGCCGCCGCCGCCGCCGCCGCCGCUGCCGCCGCCGCUGCGAGUCCCCGGCCACGCCGAUGACUACUGCAAACUGCGGCGCCCACGACGAGUUCGACUUCAAGCUCAUCUUCGGGGAGGACGGGCAGCCGCCGCCGCCGCCCCAGCCCCCGGGGCCAGCAGAUACUGAACCAGCUGAUUGUGCAUCUAUUUACAUCUUUAAUGUAGAUCAACCUCCAUCUACAGUAAACCAGCCAAUUUGCAUUCCUCAUCAUGGAUUACAGUCUCACACCUCAGUUUUGUCACCACCUCUUCAGCUGCAAGGUCACAAAAACUAUGAAGGAAUUUGUGAGAUUCCUGAAUCUAAGUAUAGUCCAUUAGGUGGUCCCAAACCCUUUGAAUGCCCUAGUAUUCAAAUUACAUCCAUUUCUCCCAACUGUCAUCAAGGAAUAGAUGCUCAUGAAGAUGAACUGCACACAAAUGGCUCAGAAGGUGAUUAUUUGGAAAGACCUUCUAGGGAUCAUCUCUAUCUUCCUCUUGAACCAUCAUACAGAGACUCAUCCCUUAGUCCAAGUCCAGCCAGCAGCAUUUCUUCUAGGAGUUGGUUCUCAGAUGCUUCUUCUUGUGAGUCUCUCUCUCAUGUUUAUGAUGACGUGGAGUCUGAGCUCAAUGAAGCCGCUGCCCGAUUUACACUUGGGUCUCCUUUAGCUUCUCCUGGCGGUUCUCCAAGAGGUUGUCCUGGUGAUGAGUCUUGGCAACAACAGUAUGGAUUUGGGCACUCACUGUCACCUAGACAGUCUCCUUGUCAUUCUCCUAGAACUAGUAUCACUGAUGAAAAUUGGCUUAGUCCUAGACCAGCAUCCCGGCCUUCAUCAAGGCCCACCUCCCCAUGUGGGAAGCGGCGACACUCCAGUGCUGAGGUUUGUUAUGCUGGUUCUCUCUCACCUCAUCAUUCACCAACCCACUCUCCUGGCCACUCUCCCCGGGGGAGCGUAACAGAAGACACAUGGCUAAGUACUUCUCUCCGUGGGGUGCAGAGCCUGAGUCCUGCACACUUUUCAUUUCAGUGCUGUGCAGAGACUGACAUCCCUCUAAAAACAAGAAAGACUUCUGAGGAUCAAACUGCCAUUUUACCAGGAAAAAUAGAUGUCUGUUCAGAUGACCAAGGAAAUUUAUCACCAUCCCUAGAGACUACCAUAGAUGAUAGCCCUGGGGCUCAGCAUCCUUUAAAGAAAGAUUUGCCUAGUGACCAAUUUCUUUCAGUUCCUUCGCACUUUACCUGGAAUAAGCCAAAGCCUGGCCAUACCCCUAUAUUUCGCACAUCCUCAUUGCCUCCUCUCGACUGGCCUUUACCAACUCAUUUUGGACAAUGUGAACUGAAAAUAGAAGUACAACCUAAAACCCAUCACCGAGCCCACUAUGAGACAGAAGGGAGCCGUGGUGCAGUAAAAGCAUCUACUGGAGGACAUCCUGUUGUUAAGCUCCUGGGCUAUAAUGAAAAACCAAUAAAUCUACAGAUGUUCAUUGGAACAGCAGAUGAUCGCUACCUACGACCACAUGCAUUUUACCAGGUGCACCGAAUCACUGGGAAGACUGUUGCUACUGCCAGCCAAGAAAUAAUCAUUGCCAGCACAAAAGUUUUAGAAAUUCCACUUCUUCCUGAAAAUAACAUGUCCGCCAGUAUUGAUUGUGCAGGUAUUUUAAAACUUCGCAAUUCAGAUAUAGAGCUUCGAAAAGGAGAGACUGAUAUUGGCAGAAAGAAUACUAGAGUUCGUCUUGUCUUUCGUGUACACAUCCCCCAACCUAGUGGAAAAGUUUUGUCUCUGCAGACUGCUUCCAUACCUGUUGAAUGCUCACAGCGAUCUGCUCAAGAACUCCCUCAGAUCGAGAAGUACAGUAUCAACAGUUGUCCAGUAAAUGGAGGUCAUGAAAUGGUGGUGACGGGAACAAAUUUUCUUCCAGAAUCCAAAAUCAUCUUUAUUGAAAAAGGCCAAGAUGGACGUCCUCAGUGGGAAGUGGAAGGAAAAAUAAUUAGGGAAAAGUGUCAAGGGGCGAACAUUGUCCUUGAAGUUCCUCCAUACCAUAACAGAACAGUUACAGCUGCGGUGCAGGUGCAGUUUUAUCUUUGUAAUGGCAAGAGGAAAAAAAGCCAGUCUCAACGUUUUACUUACACGCCAGUUUUGAUGAAACAGGAGCAUAGAGAAGAGAUGGAUUUGUCUUCAGUUCCAUCUUUGUCCGUGCCUCAGAGUGGCAGUGUUCAAGGCAUACGUACUGUCCAGACACCAUUGCCUUCCUCAGAUCCAGGGCAACCACAUGACAGUUUAUUGACUAGAAGUCUUGUUUGUCCCGUCCAACAACCAUAUCCAUCAUUGGUGACCUCAGCAUCCCAUCUAUCCCAUAUGCAAAGUAGGAACAUUAGUCCUGGUGAAGAAUGUCAUGUUACACCUUCUGUGCUCCAUCAGUCUUUUCAGGCCACAUCAGCACCUCCCGUGAGGUCUUCCUACCAGCCUAUGCAAGCCAAUGUUAUGUACAAUGGACAGAGCUGUCUUCCCAUUAAUGCUGCCUCUCGUCAAGGGUUUGAUGCAGAUGCAUUUCAACAGGAUACGGCUGUACCUAAUUUAAUCAAUCUUAGCUGUCAGCCUCUGCCAUCAAUACAGUUCCAUUCUUCAAAUUCAGGGUCACUAUCAACAUCGACUACAGGAGCAGGACCUCCCUUAGUACAUACAACUCAUUCAGGGCAGUCAUUGCCUCACCUGCAGCCAGUGGGAUACCAUUGUGCAAGCAUAGGACAGGGUCCUGUUACUUCCACAACAAGCCAGUCCUUGGGACAGCCUUCCCCUCAGUUACAACCAGGAACGUACCAUACUUCUAACCCUGGGUCUACUACGACUUCCUCACAAACAGCCUCUCAUCCUUUGGUCCAUUCACCACUAUCUGGACCCCCAUCUCCUCAAUUACAGCCUAUGCCUUAUCAGUCUCCGAGCUCAGGACCUGCUUCAUCCCCAUCUCCAACCACCAUAACUCACUCUGGACAAGCCUCACCUCAAGCACACAGUCCUGGAGUGGGAGGUAUUUCUGUACCUUCAUCAUUAGUGUGUCAGCAUAGAUGUGAUGGAACAGCAAUGAACAUUAAACCUGAACCUGAAGAUCAGGAAUUGAAUUUUGAAACCAUUGGUCUCCAGGAUAUCACAUUAGAUGAUGUGAAUGAGAUCAUAGGAAGAGAUAUGUCCCAGAUAUCAGUUUCUCGAGGAGCAGCCGUGACAAUUCAGCCUCGUCAUGAGGCCCCGGAUUCACUGGAUUCAAGGAUAUCUGAUGGAGUCUAGGAACGGUGACCCAUUAACACCAGUGCACUUCCCUGAAGAACUCAUCUACCACCUCUUCUUUGAACUGUUGUGCUUCCAAUUCUGUGGCCUUCAUGAACUGGAACUGUGUAUUCUUUGCAAUGCCCCUUUUGUGGCUGCCGUUUUUUGACCUAGGGACUGCAUUUCUAAAUCUUGGUCCUCGGACAAUGUAUAAAUGAACUUUGUAAAAAAUGAAAACAAGCAACAUAGGAUAUUUGUGCUGUUUCAAAGUGAGCUUUGCUUUUUCUGCAUUUAAAGAGGAUACUUUUAUAUCAGGGGUGCUUUAAAAGUGUGAAGGUGUGCUCUGAUAAUCCCGGCCUGCCCUGAAUUUGAAGAAAGUUCUAAAUCCACCUUCAUUAUAUGCAGCUUUUUUUAGGCAAGAUUCAUAGGUUCCUACUGCCUCUUGUCAUUAGAAAGGCCUUUCAGCUUUGAUGUUUUAAAAAGAAAACUUUGAUAAUAAAACUUUCUAGGGGCAAAGAGACCCACUAGCAAAGCCUCUGCAUUAAAAAAAAAAUGACGUCGUGGGGGAUGUUGUAGAUUGAUAGAAGUAAAGCAAAUUGUAGCUCUGCAUUUCUUUAUCAAUGUCAAGUGUUGUUUGAUAAAUUGAGAAGAGACCAUUCCAUCAUUGCAGGUGUUGGGAUAGAAACGACAUUCCAAAAUGCAAACAUUUUGUAACUUUACAGGUCCCCAUGUUCUUCUUACACAAGGCUUCCAAACUGAAAUUCUUUUCCUUCUUCAGAGCCUCUCUCAGAAACCUUAACAGUGACAGUGCUGUAUAAGAGUUGGGAUCUGUCAUUUUCAGAGCCACUUUAGAAAGAGAAAAUAGGGAAGUAUUUGCAGAUGUUUUCUUGGUCUGUUCUUGCUAAAAUUCUUCUUUGCAAUUCACUCCUCUCCAGGCUCCUAGCUUGACUGCACAGAAAUCCUGAUUCUGAGUUUCCUGGUGUUGAUUUCAGGCUCUUCCCCUCUAAGGACCUAUCUAGAAGCAGUUGGGAUCGGUCCACCUUUGAAUUCAGGUAUAAAAAGUUGUCAGAGUCUAGAAAUCAUGAGAAUAGUGGAUUAAGAACGAUUUUAAGUAAAUUAGGACAAAACAAUAAAAACUGUUGCCUAUUAGAAGAAUCCAAGGAGACUAAUCCCUGUCGAGCUGGUAUUGCAGGCCAGGGACUGCCACAUGGGUUUGAAACAGGUCCUUUUACUUCUGUUCUAUAUUCUGCACCAAUUCCAACAUUGCUUCCAUCUGUGUUAAUGGCUUAAUUUUGUUUUCUUAAUCUAAGGGGCUUUUUCUUUGGGGUGGUGGGAGUAGUAGCUGGUCUUUGUAUAAACUUCAUCCUUGAUAGAACAAAAUAAACAAUUCUUAGAAAACCUUAGUUUUUUCCCGGUGGCACAUUGUAAACUGGCUUUAGCUAAGUCUAGGAGAACAUUGCUUGGGACUCAAGCUAUUUAGUUGUCAUGGAAUGUCAUUGUCACAGUUAUUUUCUCCUGUUAAGUAAGUGCAGCUUUACCCAGGAAGUUGUUUCUGUUGUAGCUGACUUCGUUUGGGGGUGAUGACCACUAACAGUCAGUGCAUGAAGAGCGAAUAGAUCUAAUGUGGUGCUCAGUGCACUUUGAGAGAGGUUCAAUCUAAGCUUCUACAGGUACUCCCCUCAGGUACCCGUGGCAGUUCUUAGAAUGGGCUUGCCAUUCGAGGGAAUUGUUGUCAUCACAGAUCAGGGGACUUUUUAAAGUUAGUUUUUGUCAUUUCAGGAGUGGAUUUGCUUUUUGGAUGGCUCCGUUUUAUCCUUUUUGAUGAAUACUGUUCACCUUUUCACUGCUGACCAGCCUCUUCAGGGGAUUCCUGAAGAAAGAGCUCUGUCUGGGGGUGUUUUCUUCUCAAAGCUAUUCCUAACCCUCACCUACUAUUGGCAUGUUUCAUUACUGUCAACAGUCUGUCUUGAAGGCCCCUUACUUAGAGGGGAUCUGCUGGAGUGUGUUUCUCUUAGUGCCCUGGGUUCUUUCUAGAGCUCCCAAGCCCAGAAAGUUGCUGGGAAUCCCCUCUGGUAGCCACUGUAGUAAUCCGUAGUGGGGCACUGUGCAGUAGGGCCGGUAUGGCAGCCUGUGCAGUCCCAAGUCACUAUGCACUAAAUUUUCUGAUGCCUUUAAAUACCUUGAUGCCUGUAGACCUAGAAAUGCUUUCCCACGUAAAAUAAAAAUGCAGCUCUGGGUGUUAUAUAAACAGUUUUGUAUCUGCCUUUUAAAAGCUUCAGUCUAAGGGUCUUAAUAUUUUUGUGGCUUGUAUCCUAAAGACUGUUAAAAACCUCGUGCAAUGUAAUGUUAUAAAAAGCACACAACCCUCCAUUGUUGGGCUAUGCAAACAGAAGUCUUCACAGAACCCUGGGCAGGCCUGGUGGUGGCCACGGGAGGGGAGGGGAGGCGGCAAACCUUGUACAAGUACAUUCGCCACCAGAGGGUGGGGG